AGCACUUCACCUAAUAUUAUCCUCCCACUCUCUCUAUAAAGUCUCUCAAUCUCUGCAUCUCUUUCCCAUCUCCAACUCAAGGCCACUCCUCAAUUUAGUUAAUCUCUAUAUAUCUAUUUCUUAGCAACUUCAAGGCCACACCAAAAACCAAGAAAAUGAUGAACCGAAUUCUUUUCUCUCUCUCACUUGCAAUACUAUUCCACUUCCAUUUCUGCACAACCGUAGCUCAGUCCCCUGCAGCGUCCCCGACAGUGCUCCCCGUACCGACUCCAGCGUCCCCCGGACCUACUGGUCCCCUCACGCCAGGGCCCCCGGCAACGGCCGGUCACCCCAACAUCAUGAAAAUCCUCGAAAAGGAUGGCCGCUUUACGCUGUUUCUACGGCUUCUAAAAAGUACCAGUGUGGGUUCCCAGAUCAAUGGCCAGCUCAAAGACUCAAACAAUGGCCUAACUGUAUUUGCACCAACCGAUGCCGCGUUUUCGAACCUCAAACAGGGCACUCUCAACUCUCUCAGUGGUCAACAACAGAUCCAGCUAUUGCAGUUUCAUAUAUUGCCUACCUUUAUCACCCCAGCACAGUUUCAAACUGCCACCAACCCAUUGCGGACACAAGCUGGAGGCAGCGAUCCAGGUGAGUUCCCGCUUAACGUGACGACCAACGGCAACCUUGUGAACAUUUCCACCGGCGUUAUGAGCACUGCAAUAUCUGGCUCAGUCUAUACGGCCAACCGUCUUGCCGUGUAUCAGGUGGACAGUGUGCUUCUUCCUUGGAGCAUUUUCGGUACUCCUGUACCAACAGCGGCACCGGCACCGGCACCGGCACCGGAAAAAGCAAAACGAAAAGCAAAAGCAAAAGCACUGGCAUUGGCACCGGCACAGGCACAGGCACAGGCACCGCUGAAGCCGGCGGAGAAGACGCCACCGGCCGCAAAAAGUCCUCCAAGCUCCACUACUGUUGAUACCUCUGGUACAGUUAGCCUCACCGUCCAUGGAAUGGUGGUGACUAUUGGAGUCGCUGUUUUUGCACCAUUGCUCGUGUUACAAUAGACCGUGAUGAUUGUGCCAGCUGGACAUACUGCGAGUGGGGUCUCAGUCCAUUUGCCUCCAAAUAAUUUUAAUAUGUCCAUGUCUAAAGAUUGAACUACGAGGUUCAAUUUUUAUUUUUAAUUUUUAAUUUUUAAUUUUCUUUUGAUCAUCCGUAUUUUUGUUUCAUUUGUUUUUGCUGUUACUUUUUAUUACUUUUGUUCUUUUCAAACUUUCAGGUGAUUUGUAUUUCUGUUCUUUUCCAACUUUAAUGUAAAUUCAGAUUUUGCACUAUUUUGCGAGAAUGAUUUCAACGAGGUGCUUUUAAAACAAUUGAUUUAUCAUAUUAUUAGCUGGACCUUUAAA